AUGCGCCGGGCUCUGCCGCCGCCACCCCGCCGAGCCGAGGAGGUGCCCGCAGGACAGCGGCCCCCCCGCUCUCCCCCCUCCCCGGUACCCACCCGCGGCCGCCCCCCCCCUUCCCUCCCCGCCUCACCCCAGCCGGCCCCAGUCCCCUCCCUCCGCCAGAUGACCACCGAGAGCGGCCGGCAGCGGCUGGAGCCCCCCGUCCCUCUCCGCUCCCGCAGCCCGGCGCCCGGAGCUCUCCAGAUGAGCCGGCCGCCCUCCUCCGCCCUGGAGACCUCCACCUCCUCUUCCUCCACCUCCACCUCCUCCUCCUCUUCGGCGGCGGCGGCGACCUCCAAGAGCAAGAAGGCCAGCUCGGGGCUGCGGCGGCCCGAGAAGCCCCCCUACUCCUACAUCGCUCUCAUCGUCAUGGCCAUCCAGAGCUCGCCCUCCAAGCGGCUGACCCUCAGCGAGAUCUACCAGUUCCUCCAGGCCCGCUUCCCCUUCUUCCGCGGCUCCUACCAGGGCUGGAAGAACUCGGUGCGCCACAACCUCUCGCUCAACGAGUGCUUCAUCAAACUGCCCAAGGGGCUGGGCCGCCCGGGUAAGGGACACUACUGGACCAUCGACCCGGCGAGCGAGUUUAUGUUCGAGGAGGGCUCGUUCCGCCGCCGGCCCCGAGGCUUCAGGAGGAAAUGCCAAGCUCUGAAACCCAUGUACAGCAUGAUGAACGGGCUGGGCUUCGGCGCCUCCAUUCUGCCGCAGGGCUUCGAUUUCCAGGCGCCCGCAGCCUCGCUCGCCUGCCACUCCAACGGCUACAACCUCGACGUGAUGCCCAACGCCGUGGCCGGAGGCUACGAGGGGCUGGGCGGCGGCCACCACGUCCCGCACAUGUCACCCAACCCCGGUUCGACCUACAUGGCCAGCUGCCCGGUGACUGCCAACGGGGACUAUGGCCCCGACAGCAGCAGCAGCCCCGUGCCCUCCUCGCCUGCCAUGGCAAGCGCCAUCGAGUGCCAUUCGCCCUACGCCAGCCCUUCGGCCCACUGGACAGCCUCGGGGGCCUCUCCCUACAUCAAGCAGCAAGGCCUGCCCGCAACCAACGCCGCCCCCUCGGCCAUCCACCCCAGCGUGCCCUCCUACUCCCUGGAGCAGGGCUACCUGCACCAGAGCCCCCGCGACGACCUCUCAGUUGGUCUGCCCCGCUACCAGCAUCACCCCUCCCCGGUGUGCGACAGGAAAGAUUUUGUCCUCAACUUCAACGGCAUUUCCUCCUUCCACCCCUCGGCCAGCGGCUCCUACUACCACCACCACCACCACCAGGACAUCAAGCCCUGCGUCAUGUGAGCGCCCCGCAGAGACACUCGGGGGACAGAGCCGGCCCCACGCGGAUCGAUGUAAUGUGCACUCUGAUAGCAUUGUUAGUACACGAGUCACUUAGCGAAGCACCCAGGCGAGCGGUGUUCUCGGGCCCCAGCUCCUCGCAGGGCGCUCGCAGCUCUCUCAGAACGAACCCCGCGUGGGGCGUGGGACCCCCGUGAAGGGACCGAUAGCGAAAGCCGCAGCGAUCCCCUCCGGACAGAGAGCCGCUGUCCCAUAUAACUCCGUAACCCGGAAUGGGAGCGACGCAUCCACGCGCCCAGCACCUGCCGGGACGGUCCUCUACUGCGGGAGCGUUUCUCUUUGCCUUCCUCCUCCCGAUCCCACCGAGGACACUCGUGACGGACUCCAGCACCGACCGAUUGAUAUUAUUAAAGCAGUAUUGUUUAGCCCUUUCCCGUAGAGACUCCCUCUCCCCCCCAGUAUUGCAGCAAAACAACGUUUUGUUUUGUUUUAUUUUUACAAACGUUCUUUUCUACCACAGUAUUUUUUAAAGAAAUAUUUUAAAGAAAUCCCGUGUAUACUCACACACUAUUGCUUUAAGAGGAGAAUAUAUUUGCACUUAUGUAUACUUUUUACAGUUUGCCAAAAUAUUGUGAUGUACAAAUUGUUUUGUUUGGUUUGGUUUUUUUCC